GAUAUUCAGCACGAUUAUACGGUUCUUCAUCAGAUUCACACGUAGAUAUUUUAGAAUACAUACGAGAAACGUGUAAUUGAUCAAGGAAACGGCAUCGAAUCAUUUAUUCGAUUUAGAGUGAAUAAUUUUCAUUUUCUUAUAAGCAAUACAAAGAAAAAAUGGCAGAUAAUGCAGGUUCAGGAGAUUCAUCACCACAGUUGGAAAGAGGAUGGUUGGCUUUAAAACAACAUGUAAUCGAUAACAAAAUUAAAGCUGGAUUAUGGUUUACAAGAUUACUAACUAUGAUAUUUACAAUAAGUUAUAUUAUUCCAAUAUUUGGAAAUUCUUAUAAUAUAUAUUACAAAGCUUUAAUGAGCUAUGCAGCAACCAGUGCAUUGCGUCUUCACCAAAGACUGCCACAUGUACAUCUUACUAGACAAUUUUUGGGAAUGUUACUUCUCGAAGAUUCCUGCCAUUAUUUACUUUAUUCUAUAAUAUUUCUUUAUGUUCCUCCAGUAACAAUCGUGCUUGUACCAAUAUUUUUAUUUGCCAUGUUGCAAUUUGCCAGUUUUUCACUCACAUUACUGGAUUGCUUAGGACAGAAUAGCUGGUGGGGAAUACGUCUUAUGAUCUCUUUGGUUGAGUUUCAGUCUCAUAAAAUUUUGCGUUUCUGUGCAUUUUCUGAAAUCAUAAUUUUACCAUACACAGCAUUUCUUGUUUUGACGGGACGUGUUGGUUUGUUAACACCAGUUAUAUAUUAUCAGUUCUUGAAGUUACGUCUUGCAUCACAAAGAAACCCAUUCACGCGUAAUAUGUUUUAUGAAAUCAGAAGUAUUUUGAAUACUUUGGCCAAGAAACCUGCAGUGCCAGAUAUACUCCGUAAAAUGAUAGAAGGUUUCCUUUCUUUAACUCAACAAAUGGCACCAGUACGUCAGUAAUAUUUUGAUUUGAUUCCCUAUUUGAACAUUUCAAGGGAAUUGUUUUUGGAUUGUAGGGUCCACACUUUUAUAAAAUUAAAUAUAGUGACAGUGAGUGCCGUUGUCAACAUUUUUGGUAAAUGUGUUUAAUUUAAUAUAUAUAUAUAAGAUUUAAAUAAAUAAAAAAUGUAAUAGGUGCAUCUAGAUAAACUUAUUAGUGUUAUAAGUGAGAAUGUUUUACAAACAUUUCAUACAUUUUACCAUUCGAACGAGAUUGAAUCUUGUAGUAAUAGACAUAUUUAAGAAUUGUCUAUUAUUUAUUAGUAUUAAUUAAAGUGAACUUGUAUGUUUUAUAACCUGUCAUAAAAUUAAUGAAUUUAUUUAUAGUUGUCAGGAAUCUGGUAUACUAUAGUCAUGUAGAGAUAUAACACAAUGCUGUCUGUCAAGCAUGUGGUGUUAUUGUAAUUAUCACAAAUAUGUAAAAUAAGUAAUGUAAACUAUAUCAUUGAUUUACUCAUA